UGGAAGUACUUAGCCACUCAGGUCCCUCACUGUGUGUAGUAGUAUUAACUAACAACACAAGGCCAUGGCAGCUGCUUCUCCAAUGGCAAGCCAACUCAAGUCCACCUUCACUAGGACUCUUGUCUCACCCAAGGGUCUCUCUGCCUCUUCACCUCUCCAAAUCUUGCCCUCUAGAAGGCAAUUUACCUUCACUGUCAAGGCCAUCCAAUCUGAAAAGCCAACCUAUCAAGUGAUUCAGCCAAUCAACGGUGACCCAUUCAUCGGAAGCCUCGAAACCCCAGUUACAUCAAGCCCAUUGAUCGCAUGGUACUUGUCCAACCUUCCCGCAUACAGAACCGCAGUGAGCCCACUACUAAGAGGAAUUGAGGUGGGCUUGGCCCACGGCUACCUCCUAGUUGGCCCAUUCGUGAAGGCCGGGCCUCUAAGGAACACCGAGUACGCUGGAGCAGCGGGCUCUCUCGCAGCCGGUGGGCUUGUAGUGAUCCUCAGCAUUUGCCUCACAAUGUACGGCAUUGCAUCCUUCAACGAAGGAGACCCAUCCACUGCCCCAUCACUGACCUUAACGGGCCGCAAGAAGGAGCCCGAUCAGCUCCAAACCGCUGAUGGUUGGGCCAAGUUCACUGGUGGGUUCUUCUUUGGAGGCAUUUCUGGCGUUAUUUGGGCCUACUUCCUCCUCUAUGUGUUGGACCUUCCAUACUACAUUAAGUGAAGUACUUAGGUUUGUUUGUUUUUUGUAUUCAUUCUCUAUGAAUGGGCAAUGAAUGGAUGCUUAUUUGUGCAAUAGAGAUGGAUGUAUAUGAUGUAUUUUAUGACGACUCUCACCAUGUUACUAUGUUAAUUUCUCUAUCUUUUUCCGAUCAUCUCUUAAUGGAAUUUGUGAAUAGGA